UAGUCAAGAGGACUCUUUCCAGUCCUCCAGCUCUUUGAUCCACUUAUUAACUUCCUUCUGGUCCCAGCGAUUUCCAGUUCCCGCAAAAAAAGGAGCCGCAGAAAGAGGGGAGAAAAAGUAUAUCCAGGGUCGGAGCGGCCGAUACCGGUCGCUCACCAGCUUCCUUCCUCCCCCGGCGCCAGCCGCCAGGUUACAUAACGGGUCCCGCGGCGCGCUCUCGCGAGGUUUCCACCGCCCCCCGCCUCGGUCCACGUCAGAGGGAACCGGGCGGAGCGGCCAACAUGGCGGAACGCAGGCGACACAAGAAGCGGAUUCAGGAAGUUGGUGAACCAUCUAAAGAAGAAAAGGCUGUAGCCAAGUUUCUUCGAUUCAACUGUCCAACAAAGUCCACCAAUAUGAUGGGUCACCGGGUUGAUUAUUUUAUUGCUUCUAAAGCAGUGGAUUGCCUCUUGGAUUCAAAGUGGGCAAAGGCCAAGAAAGGAGAGGAAGCUUUAUUUACAACAAGGGAGUCUGUGGUUGACUACUGCAACAGGCUUUUAAAGAAGCAAUUUUUUCAUCGGGCACUAAAAGUAAUGAAAAUGAAAUAUGAGAAAGACAUAAAAAAAGAAAAAGAGAAAGGAAAAGCUGAAAGUGGAAAAGAAGAAGAUAAAAAGAGCAAGAAAGAAAAUCUAAAGGAUGAAAAGACAAAAAAGGAAAAAGAAAAAAAAAAAGACGGUGAAAAGGAAGAAUCCAAAAAGGAGGAAACUCCUGGAACUCCCAAAAAGAAAGAAACCAAGAAAAAAUUCAAGCUUGAGCCCCAUGAUGAUCAAGUUUUUCUGGAUGGAAAUGAGGUAUUUGUGUGGAUCUAUGACCCAGUUCACUUUAAAACAUUUGUCAUGGGAUUAAUUCUUGUGAUUGCAGUGAUAGCAGCCACCCUCUUCCCUCUUUGGCCAGCAGAAAUGAGAGUAGGUGUUUAUUACCUCAGUGUGGGUGCAGGCUGUUUUGUAGCCAGCAUUCUUCUCCUUGCUGUUGCUCGUUGCAUUCUGUUUCUCAUCAUUUGGCUCAUAACUGGAGGAAGGCACCAUUUUUGGUUCUUGCCAAAUCUGACUGCUGACGUGGGCUUCAUUGACUCCUUCAGACCUCUGUACACACAUGAAUACAAAGGACCAAAAGCAGACUUAAAGAAAGAUGAGAAAUCUGAAACCAAAAAGCAACAGAAGUCCGACAGUGAGGAAAAGUCAGACAGUGAGAAAAAGGAAGAUGAGGAGGGGAAAGUAGGACCAGGAAAUCAUGGAACAGAAGGCUCAGGUGGAGAACGGCAUUCAGACACAGACAGUGACAGGAGGGAAGAUGACCGAUCCCAACACAGUAGUGGAAAUGGGAAUGAUUUUGAAAUGAUCACAAAAGAGGAACUGGAACAGCAAACAGAUGGGGAUUGUGAAGAGGAGGAGGAAGAAGACAAUGAUGGAGAAACAACUAAAUCUUCACGUGAAAAGUCAUAAUCUGACUAAUUCGGGGACUAAAUAUGUGCAGGAGGUUGGAUUUUCUAUGUUGGCUGAUCAUCAUAAUGUACACAUGGCAUUUGUAGCAUUCUUUAAAUCCAUUUACUGAAGUGGAUUUGACAUCCAAGCAGUUACAUUCAGUCCUUCAUUUCAUAUAAUACUAUUAUUGAUACAGUCUAAAGCCAUUUAUAAGAUUUAUCUAUUUGAUAAUUUUACAGUAAAUAGGUCUCAUUUAUUUGGACAAUUAUCAAAGAUGCACUUUCCACAAUGACAUUUAGAUUAAUGGCAUUUUUGAUAGUUGUAUGGCUUUUUACUGUUAGACUGAUCAGAAUAACUAAAAGGGAUAAAAAUAAACACCAGUAUUUCAGAUUAAGCAUAGUUUUGUAGCCAUUUCACAGUUUCUUUGAGAUGAAAUGCUUAAACUUAUUAGUUUAGCUUUUGUUGAUUAUUAAAUUAUACCAGAAAACUUCUAAGAUUCUAACUUAGCAGGGUUCAAAAACAUUUUGUGGAAACAAGCCAACUAGUAAUAAUGCAGCAACACUUUUAGUUUAGCUACAAAUUCUCCUUUUCCAACUUAGGAAAUCCAAACUGAUUUGUAUGCCUGAUUCAGAGGAAGAUGGUCAUCUCCCACAGAGGAAGCAAGCAGAAUUGGCUGGAAGGUGAUGGUUCUUCCCAUUUCCUUGUCGUAAAGUAAAAUGUAUUCUGUACAUAAUUUACAAAUAAACAUUUUAUUUUAAUUGUUACUUAUUAUUUAGACAUUUUCUCAACACUUAAAUUUGUACAAUUAAGACCAUUUAAGGGUAUGUUUUUAGAUGGAAGUUUCAAUAACCCACAGAACAUCUGUGAUCUUUCUACAGCAGCUUCAGUUUUGUGCCAACAUUCCAUGUAUUUGAAUAUGAGUUGAAAUGAUCUUUAUUAAAUAAGAGCAGACUUAAAGUAGCUGUUUGUACGCCUUAAUGUUUAUUUUGAUUUUAUCUUAAAUCUCUACAUUCAGAAAUGGGGUACUAUAUUAUCAGACCAGGAGAACUGCUAUGAAAGAUAAUUUACUGUUCUAAAAUAUCAAUUUAAAAUAAAGAGCAUAAAAGAAAAUAUAAGAACUAUUGGACUCUAAUUGCUUUCAACUAGUUUUGCAGUUUGAUUUCAUGUCUUGCAAACCUUAGUUACAAAUCUUUAGGAAUAUCGUGUGUUUACUUAUGAGCAUAAUCAUUCCUUGAAGUUAUACUCUUACAAAACAAUAGUGAAUAUUGAAUUAUUUUCCUUCAGUCACAGAGCGUUUUGUAGUUGAAAUAGGUGGUGUGUAUAGUUCUUCAUUUUUCUUUAGGCUGUUUCCCAUCUAAGUGUUAGACUAAAGAUUUAAAUUUUUGUAAGUGUGAAAAACUACACUUUCUGUAUGCUAACACUUUUUGUUAAACAUGACUUGUUUGCUUCUUUAUAGUAUUCCUUGUAAGUGGACAGAAAUGUGGCUGUUUGAUGUUAAUGCAGCUCUCUCAAGGCUGCAAUCAGUUUAAGUUUCCUCCUAGCAAAUAUUCAUUGAUUUAAGUGCCUGGGUGUUUUUCCCUCACAUUUCAGAGCUCUCCUGCUUUAUUUCCACGAUAAGGGAUGUAUAAUUAUAACUUCUGAGCUUCUUAAUCAUCAGUAGCAUUAAUACCUGUUUUGGGAUAUGAUAAUGGUACCAAAACUGUCUUUCAGAAAUAAAAGUGAUUUAACCUAUACUGUUGUAACAAUGCCCAGGCACUCAACUUUCAUCCAUAAGCUCUUUAUAAUGUAUGUACUAUGUCUCAUCUUUAAGGCAUUUGAAGCCUGACAGGAAAGUCAGCUUCUUAUUGAUAUGUGUGGAUUCUUAAAGAAUGUUAAUCCAAUUUUUUGAAAUAUUUGAAGGUCCCUGGGGGAAAAUGUCAUUCUUAAUGUGGCUAGGAAGCAAGUUAGAAAUUUCAGCUCUUUUACUAUUCAAAGUUACUUACUUUAAACAAAAAAUCAAAAGACUGCCACUAUUAUAUUUCUCAAGAAUAAUAGAUGGCUGUCUUUGUUGACUAACAUCAAAUAUUCUUAUGCCAGAGCAUGGGAAAUUGGUUACAUUAGUCAGUGGAAUGGUGAUUGUUUUUUUUUUUUUAAAAAGACUUCAGGUUUGCUAUGCUACUGUAAAUAGAAGCAUAAAGCUUUUGGAUAAUGUAGGAUUUAUUGUGGAGUGGGUAUAAAUUGGCCUAACUAAUAAGCAGGAUUGAAUUAACCAACUGAGUCCAGAUAAUAAUGCAUUUGUGAUUGUAAAGUCAAUGUAUUAAAUAGAUUGUUUUUCCUUUUCCCUCCCACUGAUUUCUUUAAUUUUCAAGCUAUAUGGCCUUCUAGACAACUUUAAUUGAAAUAAUUUGGAUUUAGCUGAAUACUAUCAAAAAGUAAUAAAUUUUAAUAU